AUCCUGUCCUUGUAUGACAGCAUUAAUGUCACUGAUGUAGACAAAGUGGUAGACUAUGUUAAAGGACUGCAGCAGGAGGAUGGCUCAUUCGCAGGAGACAAAUGGGGAGAAAUAGAUACACGGUUUUCCUUUUGUGCGGUUGCGACAUUGGCACUACUGGGCAAGUUGGAUGCAAUCAACAUGGACAAGGCUGUUGAGUUUGUGCUGUCCUGUAUGAACUUUGAUGGUGGGUUUGGUUGUAGGCCUGGUUCAGAGUCCCAUGCUGGUCAGAUUUAUUGCUGUACAGGUUUCUUGUCGAUCACUGGGCAGCUUCAUCAAGUAAAUGCAGAUCUGUUGGGUUGGUGGCUCUGUGAAAGACAGUUACCAUCAGGAGGCUUGAAUGGGAGACCAGAGAAGCUGCCUGAUGUCUGCUAUUCCUGGUGGGUUCUUGCCUCUUUGAAGAUCAUUGGCAGAAUUCACUGGAUUGACAAAGCAAAACUGCGCAAUUUUAUUCUUGCUUGCCAGGAUGAAGAGACUGGAGGCUUCGCUGAUAGGCCUGGAGACAUGGUGGAUCCUUUCCACACUCUGUUUGGUGUGGCUGGUCUGUCUUUGCUGGGAGAUGAGCAGAUCAAACCAGUGAACCCUGUGUUUUGCAUGCCUGAGGAUGUGCUUCAAAGGAUUGGCCUCCAACCAGACUUGCUGAGCUGAGUUUCAAUUUUCAGCAUGGCCAUUUUCCUCUUCUCCUACCCCUGCACAGCCAGCCAUUUCGAAACGGGCAAACCGUGGAAAGCCGUCAUCUUCAACUAACGAUUGGCACACCGUUUAGAGGGACCAAGGACUUUAGAAAGACCCUUAACAUUGUGUGCUUUUUUUCGGGAAAUAUUUCUCAUCAUCAUGUAGGCACAGUAUUACAAUGCUUACUUUUGUUAGUGGGCUUUCUCCAUUUAAAGAUACGGUUCAAAGAGGGAUAUCUGCUAUUUACAGCUUUCACUGUGUAUUAAAACGUAACUUUAUUUUUAUGAUUAAUUCAGCAGGUCACUUUUUGGUGUCAACCAAGAGUGUUUAUUCAAUGAGGGGGAGAGGUCACUCACUCAUCUCUGAUGGCUUUUCCAAAGUGAGUAUGCGAGGCUAAUACAUUUAAAUGUUACAUCAUACUUUAAGCAUCAUAAAUAUGGAUUUCAUGCAUGAGAUUAAUUUUUAUGUCCAAAUUCUCUUACUGUCGUUUGUUCACAUCAGUUGUCAAGGUUUUGUUGGUCAUCACAUCUCUAAAGCAUUCAUAACUAUUGUGCAACCAAUUUAAAAGUCAUGUUUGCUUUGCAAUUGCUGUUAUUUUUAAUGUUUAGGAGAAUUUUGCUGUUGUGGUAUGAAUGAACUCUCUCUCUGGCAUUGAUGCCAGUAUGUGAAGAUGCCUGUUGUGUGGGAUGGAAUAAAUGUGACUUUAAUAUAAAAAACUCACUUGCUU